AGACGACGGCGAGGGGUGUCACAAGUCUGGAUGAGACCGUUUGAUCAUGAGGAGCAUGACCAGCCGAGUGACUGUGGGCAUCAGGGUACAUGGCGCCUGUGGGUCCAGAAAUCGGCUCUGUGGUGUCGCCCCACAGCGAGCUCUUUGCAUGGCUGCAGCGGGGACGGUGGUGGAUGGAAAGUUAGAGGGGAGGAAAGGAGCUGAGAGUGCAGGAGUCAGAAAGAGGGGUGUGGACGGGCGGGUGAGGAGCUUUGACGAGAUCCCUCACACGGGGAGGAACGGCUGGGUCAACCUGAUGAAGUUCUGGAGAGAGGAUCGUUUCCGGCAGCUCCACAAGCACAUGGAGAGGACCUUCAACACCCUCGGCCCCAUUUACAGGGAGCACGUGGGCACCCAAAGCAGUGUGAACAUCAUGUUGCCACCUGACAUCAGUGAGCUGUUUCGUUCCGAGGGCCUCCACCCCCGACGGAUGACCCUGCAGCCCUGGGCAACGCACAGAGAGACACGGCAGCACAGCAAGGGAGUCUUCCUGAAGAAUGGUGAAGAAUGGCGAGCUGACCGUCUACUGCUCAACAAAGAGGUGAUGAUGAGUGCCGCCGUGAAGCGCUUUCUCCCCCUGCUUGAUGAGGUGGCGAGGGAUUUCUGUCGAAUGCUGCGGGCUAAAGUGGAGAGGGAGGGACGAGGCGAGGAGGGGAGACGGAGCCUGACCAUGGAUCCCAGUCCUGACCUGUUCCGCUUUGCACUGGAAGCCAGCUGCCAUGUGAUCUACGGGGAGCGUAUUGGUCUUUUCUCCUCAUCUCCCUCCCUGGAGUCCCAGAAGUUCAUCUGGGCCGUGGAGCGAAUGCUGGCAACCACCCCUCCCCUCCUUUACCUGCCCCCCCGCCUGCUGCUCCGCAUCGGGGCUCCCCUGUGGACUCAGCACGCCAGUGCAUGGGACCACAUCUUCACCCACGCGGAGGCGAGGAUCCAGAGGGGGUACCAGCGACUGUCUUCUUCCCAAGGUCGAGGGGCUGAGGCUGGGGCCGCUGGAGGCCGGUACACUGGGGUCCUGGGCCAACUCAUGGAGAAAGGGCAGCUAUCACUGGACCUUAUCAAAGCCAACAUCACUGAGCUGAUGGCCGGAGGCGUCGACACGACAGCCGUGCCCCUGCAGUUCGCUCUGUUUGAGCUGGGCCGUAACCCGGAGGUGCAGGAGAGGGUGAGGCAGCAGGUGAGGGUGUCAUGGGCUCAGGCAGGUGGUGACCCUCAGAAAGCCCUGCAAGGGGCGCCGCUGCUGAAAGGCACAGUCAAGGAGACUCUCAGGUUAUAUCCUGUAGGAACCACAGUGCAGCGUUAUCCAAUCAAAGACAUCGUUCUCCAGAAUUAUCACAUACCUGCUGGGACGAUGGUCCAGGCUUGUCUUUACCCUCUGGGCAGGAGUGCAGAGGUGUUUGAGGACCCACUGAGCUUCAACCCCGAGCGAUGGAGCAGCAGCAGCGAGGAGGGCCAGAGAGGAGACAGGACGGGGUUUCGCUCCCUGGCAUUCGGGUUCGGAGCGAGGCAGUGUGUCGGGAGGAGGAUCGCCGAGAACGAGCUGCAGCUCCUGCUCAUGCAUGUGUGUGACAGCAGGUCCUGCUGAGCUUCCAUCUCAGCGUGUCGUCCACCGAGGACAUCAGCACCACGUGCACCCUCAUCCUCCAGCCCGAGACUCCGCCGAGGAUCACUUUCAGCAAGCUCUGACGCACGCACUCAGAGACCAGAGUCGUGCUUUCAACAUCUUUACGUCUUUAAUCGCACAAUUCAGCCCGCGUCAAUCUCCCCAACAUAACCCCCAGAUGAUACUCUCCUGAGCUGUUAUUCUGGCUCCCUCAUUCAGAGCAAGACUUCAUAAUGCUGAUGAAUAAAGGAUCAUUCCCUC